AUAUAAAUAUGGCGGUCUGACGGACAAAUGAAAUUCAGAAGUAAUGCUGUGUUUAUCUCAAAAAAGCCCCGCUUUGAUUGUAUAUACAUACACAAGAUCCUAGGAACCAGUACCAAUCUCUCUGAUUGUAUUGCCCUUUAAAUUAUUUUGCUGUGGAUACGGGGAAGAUCGGUGGUACUGGUUCGGAUCCUGAUCGUCUCAGCAUGGACCAGCACGACGAAGCCAUUGAAGGAGGAGGAGGAGAUAAGGAGAGGGGCAUGGCCUUAUCAGCCCUUACGUCUUCAUCUCCUAUGGCUGCCGUUGUGAACUUCUGGAGAGGGUUUUGUGCUGGUACCCUACCCGCUGUGUUAAUAUGGAAAAUGAUAUUUAUAAGGGACUUCGAUCUAGAGAAGGAAAGGAGUGGGUUGGAUGAACAAGGGCUGAAGAUAGCGGAAAAUCAGGAAACCAGCCAGAAAAACAGACGAAAACUCGCUGAGAGCACUCGAGAUUUCAAAAAAGCUUCCGCUGAUGAAAAGUUAAGUCUGUUCAAUUCUUUGUUGAAGGGCUAUCAAGAAGAAGUUGAUAAUCUUACAAAACGAGCAAAGUUUGGAGAAAAUGCCUUUCUUAAUAUCUACCAGAAGCUCUUUGAGGCUCCAGAUCCUUUUCCUGCUCUUGCUUCGAUUUCAGAGCAAGAUUCGAAGUUAUCUGAACUGGAAGCAGAGAAUCGCAAGAUGAAGCAUGAGCUUGAGGAGUUCAGGACUGAAGCUGCUCAUUUAAGAAAUCAACAGGCUACUGUACGGAGACUAGAAGAACGAAACCGUCAAUUAGAACAACAGAUGGAAGAAAAAGUGAAGGAGAUCGUGGAAAUGAAACAGCGUAGCUUGGCAGAAGAGAACCAGAAAACACUUGAUCUUUUGGAAGAAAGGCAGCGUCUCUUGCUUGAUCAAUUACAUAAAGAAAAAGCAAGUGUCUCAAAUAUGCAAAAGUUACAUGAACUUGGACAGAAACAAUUGUUUGACUUCAGCGCUCGUUCAGAGGAGGAAAGGGCAGCAAAGCAAACAGAAGUCAAUCUUCUAAUGGAUGAGGUCGAACGAGCUCAAGCACGGCUUCUUAGUCUUGAAAGGGAAAAGGAACUCCUACGCGCUCAAUUACAAGCAACAAACCAAGAAGAUGAGAAAAAGAAAAGUGAGACUUUGAAUACUAGUAGCCUGGAGAUAUCCUUAAAUGCAAAGGAGAAAAUUAUUUCUGAUUUGCACAUGGAACUUCACAAUAUGGAAACCGCUUUGUCAAAUGAGCGAGAGCAACAUUUGUUGGAGACCAAGAGAUUGAAGACACUUCUAAUGGACAAGGACAUUGAACUGGGGGAGAUAAAAAAGGAGCUUCAAGGAAGGCCAACUGCGAAACAAGUUGAAGAUUUGCGAAAGCAAGUGAAAAUAUUGCAGGCGGUUGGAUAUAAUUCCAUAGAGGCUGAAGAUUGGGAAGUGGCUACUAGUGGAGAGGAAUUGAGCAAAUUGGAGUCUUUGUUACUUGACAAGAACCGAAAAAUGGAACAUGAACUCACUCAGUUGAAGGUAAAACUUUCUGAAAAGACGAGUGCUGUUGAGGCUGCUGAAGCUAAGGAAGAUGAGCUCCUUGCAAAGGUUAAUGAACAGCAGAGAUUGAUUACCAAGCUGGAAGAUGAUAUACUCAAGGGUUGUGGCUCUAUGGAUCAAAAAUCUAGGUCUGAUGAUUGGGAUCUUCAAGAGGUUGGGGUAUCUGAUAUGCUUGAGUUUCAGAAUGCAGGGCAAAAGCAAGGUUCGCCAGACCAAGAGCAAAAUUCAAUGCUCCAAGUAAUUUGUAGUCAACGUGAUCGGUUUCGAAAACGGUUGAGGGAAACAGAAGAGGAACUAAGACAGCUAAGGGAGAAAGUCAGUGUAGUAAAUGUGGAACUCGAGAAGUCUAAAUCAGAUAAUGUGAAGCUCUAUGAGAAGAUCCGUUUUGUCCAGGAUUAUAACAAAGAAAGGCCAGUAUCCAGGGGAUGGAAGAAGCGUUCUGAGGAUAUAGAGAGUGGGUUUGGUUCAGAUGUUGAAUCCAAGUACAAGAAACUCUAUGAAGAUGACAUAAAUCCUUUCGCUGCAUUUUCCAAAAAGGAAAAGGAACAAAGGUACAAGGAACUCGGUAUCCGGGAUAAAAUCACACUUAGUAGCGGUCGUUUCCUCUUGGGCAACAAGUACGCACGAACUUUUAUAUUUUUCUAUUCAAUUGGGCUCCACCUGCUGGUCUUCACCAGCUUGUACAGAAUGUCUGCCUUGAGCUUUCAAAGCUCUAUUCCUGAUUCUGAUGAGACAAUUAUGAUGAAAAAUAGCAAUAUCAACAUCCCUAAGCUGUGAAGAAUGGAUACUUGGAGAACACAUUAAUUCAUAUGUUCAAGGCUUAAUUAUGGUAUUAGAUAUCAGUUGUUCUUCAGUGUAAAGUAUGAACAGAACAACAGCUGCAGCUGAACGUAAUCAAAUAAUGUAGUUAAGCGCUGAGAAAAGUCAUAUCCUUGCCAAAACGGUCAUUUUUUAA